AUGGCAGGAGCGCUGCAUCGAUCUUCCAGCGCUCCAUCCAAGAAUGCCCUCCCUCCUCAAGAACUCCUCGACGAUCUCUGCAGUCGGUUUGUUCUGAAUGUGCCGAAAGAAGACCAACAGUCAUUUGAAAGAAUUUUAUUUCUUGUGGAAUAUGCUCAUUGGUUUUACGAGGACAACUCUGUGGAAAAGAAUCCUUCAUUGAAAUCAUUCACUUUGAAGGAAUUUACUUCUUUAAUGUUCAAUAGUUGCGAUGUAUUAAAGCCCUAUGUUGCGCAUAUCGAUGACAUAUUCAAGGAUUUCACCUCAUACAAAGUUCGAGUUCCUGUAACUGGGGCCAUUAUCUUGGACCAAUCUUUUGAAAGGUGCUUAUUAGUGAAGGGCUGGAAGGGAACAAGCUGGAGUUUUCCUCGUGGGAAGAAAAGUAAAGAUGAAGAGGACCAUACAUGUGCAAUCAGAGAAGUCCUUGAGGAAACAGGUUUUGAUUUCUCAGAAUUCCUUAACAAAGAUGACUACAUUGAAAUGAUAUUUGGACAACAAAGGGUGCGGCUGUAUAUAGUUGCUGGAGUAAAGGAUGAUACGGCUUUUGCCCCACUUACCAAAAAGGAGAUAAGUGAAAUAGCAUGGCAACGAGUUGAUGAACUCUUCCCAGCAAAUGAUGAUGUCAUAUCCCGUAGCAUCACUGGUUUGAAGCUGUACAUGGUCGCUCCAUUUUUAACCUCUCUGAAAGCAUGGAUCUCAGCACAUCAACCUCCAGUACCAAACAGAUCAGACAGGCCUUUGAAAGGAAUCACGGUGUGGAAGGCUAAGAACUCUUCUAUAGGCAGCAGCUCUAUGGUACCAGAGAAUCAAGUUAACAAGUCCACAUCAGAUGGUCCUGGGAAGAGCUUUAGAAACUUUCGGUUUGAUACAGCUCCUAUGUUACGUGCAAUUGAUUCCGCCUUCUCGACUUAA